AUGCCACCCCACUCGCGAUCCACGUCGACCUCACGAGGCGGUCCCGCCGGCCUGGGACCCCAUCAACGUUCGAAUUCGAGAAACGUUCGUCGUCCACAGGUGGAGAGGCAUUCCAGUGCCGAAACCUCCCACGACGAUCCCUACUUCCACCCUACCACCACCACCAAUACUUCCACCACCACCACUCCACUCGUGCAGACCGAGUGGAAUUCCGCCAGUAUAGAGACUGGCAAUGGCAGCGCGCAUCCUCGUCGACGCUCUUCCGCAGCGCAGAUGCCCAUGCUCUCCGCCAUCCCAUCCAGCCCGGAUGCUUCUCCCAUUGCAGAACAUCCCAUGACCACCUACCCCCCAUCCAAACCCCCGCCGACACCGACAUGGAUCAACAUACCCAACAAGAUUCAGCUGGCCAUCUUGGCCCUCUCACGAUUCGUGGAUUUCUUUCAAAUGGCGGCAUUGCAGGUGUUUAUGGUGCAUCAGUUAAAGAGCUUUGAUCCGGAAUUGUCCGAAGUGGUCAUCUCACAUCAAGCGGGUGUCUUGCAGGGUUCCUUCACCGCGGCGCAGAUUGUGACGAGUAUCUUGUGGGGAAGAGCGGCGGAUCAGCCCAUGUUGGGGAGGAAGACGGUGUUGAUGAUUGGGUUGGUGGGGACGGGAUUUGGAUGUAUUGGGUUGGCGUUUAGCACGACAUAUCCACAGGCCGUCUUUUGGAGGUUGAUGAGUGGUGCUAUCAAUGGAACGGUGGGAUCUGCGAGAACCAUGGUGGCGGAAGUCACGCCCAAACCAUGGCAUCCGAGAGCUUUCUUGCUGCUACCUGCUGCUUUCAAUGUUGCCAACGUGGCUGGACCAAUCUUGGCUGGAUUGCUGGUCGAUCCGGUGGUGAACCUCCCUACUURGUUUGGGAAGGGGAGUACUUUUGGAGGUGUAGAGGGUGUGGGAUGGAUGGCGAGAUAUCCUUACGCAGCGGCGAAUCUCCUGAGCACCAUCCUUCUCUUCGCAGAGGCGGCGUUGGUGUACUACGGAUUGGAGGAGACUUUGAAAGGGAGCAGGCCGUUGGACGUGACCAAGAUGGAUCCAAUCGGAUUUGUGCGAUCAACAUACCAGCAAAUACUCCAAGCCAAGGAGCAAGGAUAUAGAAGACUACAGCAAACACAACGACAGGGACUGCUCUCCGGUCACGAACGUGGAUCCGUAGAGAUGGACCGUCUGACAAAUUCGGGGGAGAAGGAACAACAUCGAGCAAUCCAACGGCUCCCCUUUCGGAGGAUAUGGACGUCCAACGUGUUGUGGACGUUGGUGAGCAUCGCCAUCUUUGACUUUCACAUGGGAGCCUUUGCCAACCUAUGGAUCCUCUUCCUCGCUACUCCUCGACAAUUCGUCCCGCAGAAUCCCAUCCGAGACGACCUCCACUCACGCAGCAUGUUUAAAUUCUCCUCCGGCCUAGCAUUUCCCCCACCCACCAUCGGCUUCGCAAUGGCGACCAUUGGCUUUAUUGGUGUCGCUUUGCAAUUCCUCCUCUAUCCCUGGGCCAACUCUCGCUUUGGUUUGAUGCGAUGUUUCCGUKGCUCCCUCUUCCUCUUUCCUCUGGCCUACUUCCUCGCCCCCUAUCUCGCCCUCCUCCCCUCCCUCAGUCCCUCUCCGGAACCCGCCAGCGGUCCCAUUAUCUGGUUGGGCAUAUCCUUUGUCGUCUUCUUACAAGUCGCCGCCCGAACGUUUGCUCUGCCCGCCAGUAUCAUCCUCUUGAAUAAUAGUUCCCCACAUCCGAGUGUCUUGGCGACCAUUCACGGAAUUGGAAAUGCUUGCUCGGCCACCUUUCGCACUCUCGGCCCCAUUCUCGCGGGUAUGUGGCAUGGGAUUUGGAGGGAGAGGGGAGUGGUGGGGAUGAGUUGGUGGAUUGUGGCGUGUGUGGCCGGGGUCGGGUGUGUGGCGAGUUUUAAAGUGAGGAAUGGGAGUGGGCAUGAGAUUUUCUUACCAGGCGAGGAGGAGGAGGAAAAGGUUCAUGAUGCUGUUGGGGGGAGUGGGGAUGGCAGGUGA